UGUCGCUCUCUCGUAAAUUUUAUAAACGUUCUGGAUUUUAUUUUAUUUAUUUCGGAAUUCAUUUGUUUGCUGUGAAAUAUCUUGGCCAAAAAUCAAAACCAGAACGCACUAAUGUUCUCAGGGAACUUGCCGAUUCAAAAUCGUACGAUUUAAUGCACCUAAACAGUACAAACGCGGUCCAGUGGCCAAUUGUGAUUCGCAUAUGCCUUAAUCGUUGUAAACAUUUCCUACCGGGAUAGAAAUGUCAUUAGAUUCUUAAGCAUUCCACGUGAUGAGUGCACCGCAGCAGCCACCGGGAGAUUCGAGGGGAGGAGCUCCGCCACCCGCCGGCAGGGAUUCGGCUAAUCAGCCGGCAUGGAGCUCCACCGCCGGAGGAUCUGGACACUCGGGCACCGGUUCUCGUGGUCUGAGCCCCAGCGGCUGGCGACAGAACAACUCAAUGAAAUAUAAUUCGCGACCCUGGCAUCGAGGACGUUUGGACAGUGGUCACUUUAACAAUAGAGUGUGGUCUAAUCACAAUCAAAGACAGACGCUUUACCCGCAAUCAAACUACGGGAAUCGGGACCAUUCUGACUCCCGUAGUUCAAUCCAGGAACGACAGGAGAGAGAUUAUACUAAGAGAACUGAUUUUCGCGAAAGAAACACUAGGUACUCCGAUGAGAGACACUCUGGCAGAUACAGUGAUUAUCCCCGUAGAAAGCAUUACUACAGAACCAAGCCUAGGGGAAGUGAGGGUCGAUCCUAUCAUAGGGACGAAGGUGCCAGAGAUUCCUCUAGGUCUCCUAAUCAUAAUGGUGAAAGUGGUUCAAGUCUGAGCAGAGCCACAUCUGACAUCAGGCGAGGUAACGGCCACAACUGUGACCAAAAAAGCGAUGCUUGUAAACCACAUAAAGAGUAUAACCAAAGCUGCGUAAAUCACUAUCAAGCCGAAGAAAAUAAAAUUGAUUUAGGGCAAACUGAGGAUAAAGGAGCUAGCAGAACCAGCCCCACCGAGCACAGUUCAGAUAUAUCUCAACAACCUGAUCCAAUUGCAUCAGAAGGCGAUCAGCAUACAAAAACCAAUGGGUUGAAAGACAGCUCCUGCCCUAGCAAGCAGAGCAAGGAUUUAAACGAAACCUCUAAGGCUCCACAGUUUUCCGAUCGAAGAUCGGAGGCGCAGUCGUCGGAGGAAAAAUUAAAGGCAUCCAAGUUUGGUGGGAACCCCUCUGGUGUACAGGCUAGUCAAUCGAUUCCACGUAUCCAAGUGCGCCCCCUCACCGAGCUACUGAGGCAGGAGCUCUUUGCAGUCACCCAGGAGAAUCUGUGCAAGAGACCUCUCCUCAGUCCCCCUCCAUCCGCAUCCCCCGCCAGCCCGAGUCGUCUGGCCAUUAGGCCCAACCUAAGAAAUCGUCGCCGAACCGUAAGCAACUGCAUUUACAAUGCUGCAAGUCUUGAUCAGGCCGCAGAAAGCGAGGCCGUCUUCAAUGAUCGCAUCGCCAGCAUGGACAAGGAGACUCUGAAGUACAUAAUCAACAAUGGCGACACCAUCUUUGAACCACACUUACAACUCCAGGCCAGGCGGCGUAUACGUGACGAGAUUCGCCGACAGCUGAAGACAAUUGAGCUGGAUAAGCCCAAGGAUUGUCUGGUACAGGAAUCAGUCGAGGACGAAAUUGUAGAUGCCAUCAAAUUGCCCGCAAUUCUGCUCGAGGAGAUCGAAAAGUGCUUUGGCAUAGACAUAUCAGAGGGUCAGACGGCCAAAGAUACUGAAGUAAAUAAAAAAGGGACAAAGAAAGAAACCGAAGAAUCGAAGGGAACUUGUAACAGCGCUGAAAGUUCAAAAGAUUUCAAAGCUAAGAAGACAAAAGCUACUCUUCACGAUAAUGAUCAGAGCCUUAAAUUUAGAAAGCUUCAAAAUAAAAUUGAUAGUAAUGAUAACAAUCAGCAAGUAGAAGCCGGCGAGCCUAGAAACCCGCAUUGCGUUUUGCCUAAAGGUAGCGAAGAUAGCUCUGUAAAAUCGAAUGUGGUCCCUAAAAAGGUCUUGCAAGAAAACAAUAAGAAGAAAAGUAGAAAUCGGAGCGUCGAUCAAACCAUUAAAGUAAAUGGGACUAGGCCGAAGAGUCCGAGACAGGAAGAACCAAUAGAAACUGUGCAACACCUUGAUUCCAUCAAGAGGUCGGAAAUACACCAAUCUAAAAAUCGCGCGCCCUUGCUACCGACCCCUACAUGUGAAAGAGUUGUAUGGACAAAUUCAAAGAGUAAGCACUCGACUCCAAGUCAAAGUGCAUUAAGUAAAUCCAACACAAGUAAUGAUCAGGAAAUCGCUUCAGUAGAUUGCCAUUCUAUUAUCAGUACACACAAUAAAAUGGAAAUUAAAAGGGAGUCUAGCAGCUCACCCAUAUCAGUGAGUCCUUUAGCUUCAAAGGAAGUUAUUGAUCUGCUGAGCUCAUCUGACGGAGAGCAGGAAGAGCAGGGCGUGCAGCAUAUGGACGUUGAUGAACUUGAAGGUGAUAGUUUAAAUCAACCAGAAGGUUUGACGCAAUCCGAACCCGCAACUGUGGAAAAUGCCGAUAGUGACAACUCCACCAGCUCCCAAAGCAGCAGUAAGUCCACAAAAAGGCGACGCAGGCUGAAGCUUCGAAACGAUGCAGAAAAUGUGGUGGACAGUUUUGAAAAGCUGAUCCUUCCCCAUCUUCGAGAGGCUCUUACUGAGCGCUAUCGUCGCCAGCAUUCUAGUAGCCUGCAGAGUCGAUUGCACUUUAUCUCCUGCGUGGUGACAAGCUCCGAGCACAAUUCACAAACCUUUAGCAAAAUAGAGGUAGCCAAGAUGCAAAUGAAUCUCAAAGCAGUCGACAAUCGCCAAGCUAUCGAAUUUCUGCUAAAAGAGAUUGUCAACGUUGUGAGUCUGCAGAAACAACGUCGUCGGGAGCAGGAUGAAGAGCAAAAGCUUGCAAAUUUAUUAAGCCCCAAAAAAUCAGCAUCCAUGGUUGAGGAAACCCCUAAGGCGUCCACAUUACGUCCAAUCCAGCAGUGUUCUAUUCCACCAACGGCUCAAGAUAGUUCUCCAGAUAUAUCACCGGGUCAGAAACCUCCAUCCUCGCCUGCCCCCAAAUCAACUCCGCCUAUAAGGCACAGUUCUCCAGUUGUAUUGCCCUUUCAGAAACAGCCAUCUUCUCCUGUCCGCGAAUCCUCACCGCCAACUCCGCAGAGUCCUAUUUCCGCAACUGCUCAAAAGAGUUCUCCAAUGGUGUCAGCCCUUCAGAAAAGUCAAUCUCCUCCAACCCGUCAAUCUUCAACACCCAUCCAGGAGAAUCCUAUGGAGUCAGAGCAGGGUUCAGCUCGUCAGAAAACUCGCCAAAAGAUUCCAGUCGUGGAUGUUUCUGAAAGCCCUGAUCCUAACCCAGGAAAUCCUUCCUCUUCGGCGAAACUGGAACACUUUCCCGUUGGAUUUCCAUUUCUGGCCAUGGAUCCCGCCCUUUGCAAUUAUACGCGUCUAGCUUGUGGAUCAAAGAUAAACGAGCCUUUGGAACAUUUGGGAGACAUGAUGGCGCAGAAUUUGGUUGAAAUUGAUCGUCGUUUGAUGGAAAAUCAAAAUCGUCGCAGCAUUUUGGAUGAUAUGAUAUCAAAGUUUCAGAAAGAGAAAUCUGAGCUGGAGAUGGUGAAUCUAGAACUCCAGAGUCGAAGGUUUCUGAUGAUUAACUCCAUGAUUUCUAGAAAUCAGGCUACUUCUGCUCAAGCUGCCAACUCCAAAAGCAAACCACCUCCGGCUGAAACUACUCAGGAAUCCAGGCAGGAUGACAGUUUUAGCAAAGGAGGGAUAGCGAGGAGAACUAGAAGUAGAUUAAGAAGAGCUGUGUUGGUCCUAGCACCCAAGCGUCAAGUAAGGGUACAAAAACGAGUCCCCAAAAUACAUAAAUCAAACGAAUUGGUGGAGAAAUCCCAGGAAGAAAUUGCUGAACGCGAUACCAAUAAAAUGGAUUCUGAAAAGAGCAUUCAAUCAAAUUUCAAGGUAGAGCAGUUGGAUGUGUCAGCUGGUGACCAAGUAGCCGACUCCUCGUCCACCACCAAACUUGCACAAUCGCGCCUGACCAAGCCCAGUAUUACAGUUAAUCCGACCCACCAACCACUGGCUGUAAUACCACCACUUCCACCACCACCACCGCCUCCGGAUCCAAUUUGCCACAUGUCCUACGAAACGCCUAGCUCCUUCCUUAAGGAACCACUACACGAACCCGAUCACCACAGGUCAGAGCUCAACUCCGAAGAGAAGUGCUCUGUAGGAUUCGUGCCGAAGGGCAAAUUGCAGAAUGUUGGCAGCCCCAUUACCCAAAUAAAAAUCUACAGGCAGUACGUGAUAGCAGCAGCCGAAGAUGGGGAUAUCUACAUGUUCCACCUGGUCACUCACAAGCUGGAGCGAAAGAUCACUAAGCACAGCGAGGCUAUCACGAACAUGUGCCUCAGCGAAAAGGAUUCUAUUCUCUACACCACCUCAGCGGAUGGAUUUUUUAAGAAGUCUUCGCUCCUGAAUCUGGAGCGGGUCAUAGAAACGGUUUACCUUAAAGAGCCGUUGCAGUCGAUAGACGUCGCUUGGGGAUUGGCCUUUAUUGGCAGCCGUUGGGGUCAAAUUUCUACCUUCAACGUGGUGACAAACAAGGUGAUGGAACAGCCUUUGGUAUCAACCGGUCAAUCCAUCAUUGCCAUUAAGGCCACCAAGGAAGGAGUACGGAAGAUCCUUGUGCUGGGAUGCAAAGGAAACUUUGUCCAAAUGCAUGAUGCGGGCAACGGAUUGCUGCUGCGUCGCGUAUUUAUUGCAGAGGGCUUAAAUAUCUACAGUCUGCUUCUAGAUGAAGGACACAUGUAUUGCGGAACGCAGAAAAACGAGAUAUAUCAACUGGAGUUUGAUACUGGAAACUUAGUCACCAAGUUUAGCUGUGGCAAUGGCGCUGUUGCUGUUGCGUCCUAUGGAGAGCGUUAUUUGCUAGUCGGCUGUUACGAUGGCUUUAUUUACGUCCUAAACAAGAUAACUGGAACUCAAGUGGGUCGUUUCGAGGGCGCUGGUCGCAUGGUUUUAGCCCUUUCGGUUGCAGGCGAUAAGAUCGUCACAUCUUCUAAAGAUAACUCGCUAGAAAUCCUGGAGGUGCCCUCAGCAUUGGUAAAUGGCUAUUAAAACGCGUAUCAUUAUUUGUAUAGAUCUGUUUUAAUUUAAUAAUUUUUACACACAAACUUGUUUGUAUAAUACAAUUUAAUGGUCUUAA